GCGAGCCGCUCAGGACUAGGCUUCUCUGUCCCGGAGUGGCAGUGGCCGCAGCUCUAUGGUCGCCUGAGGAGCCGCCGCCGCCGGGGAGCGGGCGAGACGAGAGGACAGGAUGUUCUGUCUUCGUUUUUUCCCUGCUGCCGCAGGGCUGGCUGUUGUUUCCCGACGGUACUAUGGAUCAUCACAGCUUACUCAGAGUAGGCGCCGACUGAUGAUGGCAGCUUUCCUGGGAACAUCUGCAGUAGCAGCAAGCACAGGCCUCUUAUGGAAGAGAGCCCAUGCAGAAUCUCCGCCAUCAGUAAACAAAGAUGAAAGUGAAGAAAGUGAUGAAGAAACCAGUAAAAACCUUAAUGAUCUUGGUCCACCAGAAGAGAAGAAGAAGAAGAAUUCUGGAUUCAGGGACCGAAAGGUAAUGGAAUAUGAGAACAGGAUUCGAGCCUAUUCUACUCCUGACAAAAUUUUCCGAUAUUUUGCUACCUUAAAAAUAAUAAAUGAGCCCGGUGAAGCUGAAGUAUUUAUGACUCCACAAGAUUUUGUGAGAUCCAUAACCCCCAAUGAAAAGCAGCCAGAACAUUUGGGCCUGGAUCAGUACAUAGUGAAACGCUUUGAUGGAAAGAGGAUAUCUCAAGAACGAGAGAAAUUUGCUGAUGAAGGCAGCAUAUUUUAUACACUUGGAGAAUGUGGACUCAUCUCCUUUUCUGACUACAUUUUCCUUACAACCGUCCUUUCUACUCCUCAACGGAAUUUUGAAAUUGCCUUCAAGAUGUUUGAUUUAAAUGGAGAUGGAGAAGUAGACAUGGAGGAGUUUGAACAGGUUCAGAGCAUCAUUCGCUCCCAGACCAGCAUGGGUAUGCGUCACAGAGAUCGUUCUACCACUGGUAACACCCUCAAGCCUGGCUUGUGUUCUGCCCUAACAACCUACUUUUUUGGAGCUGAUCUCAAAGGGAAGCUGACCAUCAAGAACUUCCUAGAGUUUCAGCGUAAACUUCAGCAUGAUGUCCUGAGGUUAGAGUUUGAGCGGCAGGACCCUGUCAAUGGGAGGAUCACCGAGAGACAAUUUGGUGGAAUGUUGCUGGCCUACAGUGGGGUCCAGUCCAAAAAGCUGAAAGUGAUGCAGAAGCAGCUCAAAAAACACUUCAAGGAGGGGAAGGGCCUGACAUUUGAAGAGGUGGAGAACUUCUUUACUUUCCUGAAGAACAUUAAUGAUGUAGACACUGCCCUGAGCUUUUACCACAUGGCAGGAGCAUCCCUGGAUAAAGCGACCAUGCAGCAAGUGGCAAAGACCGUGGCUAAAGUGGAACUCUCAGACCAUGUGUGUGAUGUGGUGUUUGCACUCUUUGACUGUGAUGGCAACGGGGAGCUAAGCAACAAAGAGUUUGUCUCCAUCAUGAAGCAGCGACUCAUGAGGGGCCUGGAGAAGCCCAAGGACAUGGGCUUCACUCGCCUCAUGAAGGCCAUGUGGAAGUGUGCUCAGGAGGCUGCCUGGGACUUUGCCCUCCCCAAAUAGGGGCCUGCAGUGUCUGGAGGGCGCGGACUGCCCAAGCAGCCUGGGGAUCCUCCGCCAUGGCGGAGGGGCCGCAGGAGAGGCCAGCCCGGCAGCCCUGCUUGUUCCCUUCAGUGGGCAGAGCCGGGUAGACCUCGCCAGCCAUUCCCUCCCUUUUCCCUGGAUUUAGUCAACACAAGGAGCUCUCUCUGUGUCUCCUUCAUUCUCCGCCUGCCCAGCCUGGCCUUUCAGAAUGCCCGGCAUUGUCCGUGUCCGUAAUCAGGAUUUCGACACAUGUAAGCUAUGGGAGGUCGAUGGGUGGGCCUGGAGUUUGAGAGCGACAGUGAGAGACUGAGGAAGUACCCCCAGAGGAAACCUUCAGUGCUCCCUUUCCUUCCUGCUUUGUUUUUACCUUAACAAUAUUUCUUAAAGGAAAUUUUUUGCUUUUCUCUUCACUUACUUUUUUUAAGAGAACCCCAUAUUGGGGGAACUUCUGAACAGCAGAUUGAGUAUCUGUGACCAGUGGUAAUGGAGGAAACUUGGUCACUGUUGAAGUGCUGAUUUGGUUCCCCAGGUUAGCUUUAUGUCUAACUUGCUCUGAGAAAAUAAAGGUCACCAAGAGAAAACCACCACUGAACUGCUGAUGUGUAACCAAGAAUGGAUGUAGCGCGCUGGGGUCUGGAAGGGUCGGCAGCGACGCAGGACUUAAUGUCUCCUCCCAGCUGCACCAUUUCUGAUGAUUUUCCCAAGGGGGGAGUAUGGAAUAAUGCAGAGGCCUAGAUCAGAAUCCAUAUCUGUCCUCGCCUUAAACGCUCGUGAAAUAUCACCUUAAUAUUCCAGUUUACAGUGAGGUCUCCAAGAACUCCUGUUGCCGUCUUUAUCCCCAGCCGGGCUUUACCAGGUUGAGUCCCCCACUGGGACAGUCAGAAAAUGGUGACGAGGAAGGUGAUGGGGCAGUGGGUCUGGGAGUCCAACCCCCAACUCCAGAGGCAGCCUUCCCACCAGCUGUGUGACUGAGGCCCAGGGUUCUUAACUGCCUGGGGAGCUUUAGAUAGUUUUCAGGAGGAUCAGUGGACUUGGAUGGGAAGAAAGAUGAUAGCCCUCUAGCUAAAAUGAAUCACUUCCAUUGGUUAGAAACAUGAGCCUGAGAGGGGCCUUGCCCUAAGGGAUCCAUGAGAACCUCUGCUUUCUUUGCCAUUUCCUCCAGCUUAUUUUACAAGUGGGAAAAAUGAGGCAGAGUGACUUUUUUAGGGUAACACAGGUACAAAGAACUCAGUUCUUCCUGAAGCCAGGGCCAGCACUCUCUGCACUGUGGCACCGACUGCCUGCAUACCAGAUAACAGAGUUACUUUAGAAAUAGACCAGAUAAUUCAAAGCAAUCCCAAUGGCCAGAAAACACCAUCGACAACCAGGAAAAAAAAAAAAAAUAUAUGGAGACUGAAUAUAAAUAGCACAUGCUCUGUUCACUUCUUUUUUUCUCUCUCUCUCCCAUGGUUUUUCCCUUUUGCUCUGAUUUUUCUCUUCCAACAUGAUUCAUUAAAGCAACAUGUAUUAAAAAUAAAUAAAUUUAAAAGAAAAGAAAUAGAUCAGAUAAUUGAUUUGGAGGAAUAUCAAGUAAUAUAACAGGGAGUAAAAGUGGAAGAAAUAAGACGCAGUUCUGCUAAAUCUAAAACAGUACUUCAGAACUAUAACCAAGACUAUAUGCCACUAAAUUUCAAUUAUUAAAAAGCAGAAUAGGUUACACAAAAAUGAGAAAUAAUGCCCAUGGGCCUCAAGUUUAAGUCAUUCACUCCAUUCCAGAAGCAUUUAUUAAGCACCAACUUUAUGCUAGGCACCAAGCCUAGGGGCUAUGAUAGAAACAGAGGCAGUGUGAAUCCUUUUUCCUCAAGAAAUUCAUUUUCUUUGGGGGAAUCAUGUCCACAGAGAAGGGGAAAAAAUAUGUAUUUACAAAGAAAUGGGAAGGGGACGAACAAAUAACUGGAGGAUCUUGAAGGACCCUCCUGAAGGAGGUGGCAAUUGAAGUGAGCCUUUGAAGAAGAGGGAUUCUAAGAGGCAAUAAGCCCAAAGCAGAAAACAGACCGGUGAAAAAGCAAGUUUAGAUCAGCAACUAUCAGCACAACCAAUUCCAAAUUAAUAAAUUAUCUAAAUAUAAAUGUUAUUUUUUAAAAUUAGAGAAUGUUUCUUUUACAGUUAUGCAUGGAGAAAGAUAUAACCUGACAAGAGAGAGAAAAGAAUCUAAAAGGCAAAAUGGACAAUUAAAAUUUUAAAGCUGUUUCAUGAAUAAAAGAGGAUAUAGAAUCAGAAGAAAAGAUAUGCUUGGAGGAAAAAAUCCUAUUCAAUACUGAUAAAAGUGAUAGCCAAAAUGUAUAGGAAAUCAAUAUAAACAUGUUUGAAAGCACUCCUUCAAAAGAUAAGUGGUCAAGAGAGAUAGGAGAAGCAAUUUUCAUAAGAAGAAAUAGUCUAUUAAAAACUAUGUGAAAAUAUGUUCAAUAUCACUCCUAAUUAGAAAAGUGCAAAUUAAAGCAGUCCUGAAAUAUCACCUCAUACCCAUAAAGCUAGCAAAGAUGCUAAAAAGAUAGCAAAGCUGGUUGGAGGAUCUUGGGGAAAAGAGGUACAAUCAUUCACUGCUGAUAGAGCCGCAAAUUGGUUUAGCUGUUCUGGAAAAUAAAUUGGGAUUAUGAAAGAAAAGGCACUAAAUUAUUCAUAUUCAGACCCAGAGACUCCAUUUCCAGGACUAUGGCCCAAGGAGAUUACUGGCAGCAAAAAAAAAGACCCAUAGUUACAAAAAAUGUUAUUGUGAGGUUACUUAUAACAAAAAUGCUGAAAACAAAAUAUAUACCCAAUAUUUAGGGACUGGCUAAACAAACUGUGACAUGUGAAUGUGAUAGAUUACUAUUACUGUGCCAUAAAGAAAGACAAAAGUAAAGCAGAGUCAAGAGAACAAUAUAAAGAAAUUACAAUAUAAACAAAGCUGCGAUAGAGGCAACACAAUUACGGUCAAAAUACAAGCCAUAUGUUAACACCGUGCUGCCAAAAAUAAUCCUCCUUUAUGUUAACCCAUCAAUAAACUGUUUUAGGGAGUAUAGAUGUUUUAAGGCGGCUUGUUUGGGUAUUUAUGGGAAAUUCUGUUGUAUCAACACAGUUUUUUAAAAUGUAUUAAAACUUAAAUACAAAAGAGAAAAAGGAAAAAAAAGGAUUGCCAUUUGCACAGAACAACAUGAGAGGACUCAAAGUAUGAAACAAUAUCUCAUUUCAAGAAAGCCUAUAUAAUAAUAAAUACUGUUACACAUUGUGUUCAGAGCUGUCCAUCUUUUUUUUUUUUUUUGUCUCCUUUAGGUUUUCAUUUUCUGCUACUUUAUUCUGUUUUUCCCCUUUUCCUCCCUCCACCUUCCCCAAGAAAGCUACAAUUACGUACAGAUACAUGUAUGUAUACACACAUAACACAAUAUCUACAAUCACAUAUACAUUCAUGUACAUCUAUGUAAGGCUAUGCUGUACUUGUUCUGUUCUUCUGAAAGUACAUGACAUCAUCCUUUCUAAGUCCAAGUCUUUGCGUAGUUUUCUAAAUUCACCAAUUCAUCGUUUCUACACCAUGGCAGUAUUCCAAUCUUAUAUUGUCUAGUUAUUUUAAGUAGUCCAAAGCAAUAUUAAUGUGGCUGACAUAUGGUGUAUUUUCCCUAAUUUUUUCUCUUUUGAUUCAAUCUAUUAUAGCUUUAACUUUGAGAUCAGUGAUUACUACCCCCGAGUUUUUUUCCUAAUAAAUUCUAUUCCAUUUCACUAUUAUUAUUAUAUUUGUGUGUACCUCUUAUUUCCUAUCCCUACUGGCUCCUCUUCUUUGCUUCUACCUGCUACCUUGUCUUGCUACUACUUACCCUAUCCUGCCUCCAAGGAUUCCUUCCUUAAAUUCUCCCCCCAUCUUUUCUUUCCCUCAUUUUUCCCAGUCCCAUUAAUCUAUACAGGCUACCCCAUUCCCCUUAAUUUACACAUCCUUCUAUAGUUCCCCACUCCCAUUGUAUUCCCCACCCCCUCUUUCACAAUUUUUUAAAAUGUAGGCUGGGAGUGAGAUCAGAUUGAAUAAAACAUAAACACGAAGAUGUGGACUGCUGCGCCAAACAUUUAUUCAGUAAAUAUUUAUUGAACCCCUAUCAUAUGCAGCAUCAAAUGCUGAAUACUUUGGAGUUUACAGAGAAGAAUAAAUAAACAACUGUCCUAAUAAAAAAGUCUAUACUCCCCUAGUCAAAAACUGAAGCUGGGGAGGGGGGAAGGAAGGGGGGAAAGGUGCCAUUGCCUGCAAAAUAAAAAGGCUAAAGCCCUUAGCCCAGCAUUUAAUGUGCACCCUGGCUCCCUUUUAAGCACUAGAUCUCACUACUGUUAAACUGAAUCAUUAGGGGUUUACCAAUCUCACCCAAAUGUCUCCUUCUUUUCUGUAUUUACAAAAACCAUUCAUAUAAACUGUGCAGGACAAAAUGGGUACUUGGUCAUUAGCCUGUCUUAUUCUAACCAAUUUGACGGAUCUUCUUAAAAUGUAUUUCCAUGAUGUCACUUCCCUCCCCUAUUCAAAAAAUGGUUUUCUAUUUUCUAUAACAUCAAAUCUAAAUUCAGCCUGAUUUUCAAGUUCCUCCAUAAUCAGCCCCUGCCCUUACUUCUACUACUUUUCUUAACAGGCUUUCCAGCCUCUAUCCUCCCUUCCGCUUGGCUGUCCUCCUAGCCAGGGUGUUUCCGGUCCACAAAGGGACCAUAUUCAUUCCUCUCUCUGACCUUCGCUCACGUUUGGGCUCUUGCUAUCUGUGUGCCCUUUCUAGCCACCCGUGCGAAGCCCAGUCCUAACUCCGCUUCCUCUGUGAAGCCUUCCCUGUGCUCCAAGCCCAUGGCACUCCAAAUUCCAGUCCUGCUAGUGUUGGUCACACAACUUGGUACCAAUAUUCCUACAUUUUCAUUGUAUGUGUGGGAGUCUUCUCUCCCACUAGAUGCCAUGUCUGAGCUAUAGACACAGAAUGACUCAAAUAUUUAUCAAUUACUGCUGAGCACCUCUAUGUGCUAGACAUAAACACAUCCAAGUUACCUACUUAAUUAUACAAACAGAAUUUUUGUCCCUAAGCCACACCUCUGGGUGAUACAUAUGAUCAGAAUAUAGGUCGUGAUUAUCUCUAUUACAAAAGCAAAGGGCCAUUCACCUCCUAUGCAAGCACUAAUGCUCCCAGUGCACGUCAGAAUAUAGUUCAUGUAAUGGUCACUACAGAAAAGGCCAAAGGCCCCCAUUGCCCACAAAAGCAGUCAUCAAAUUCAGAACAGGCCUUAUUUCAUUUGAAAGUGCAGGUGGAACAGAUUUCUCAUGCAGGGACCUUCAAAUGAGACUGUAGUCUUGCUCUCUUAUCUCCUCAUCUCAAUCUUUUUGUGUGAGCUUUUCCCUUUUAAUCCAAUCUAGGUCACUCAUUACGUGCCCACUGUGUUUAAGACUUGUGCUAGGCACUGGGGAUACAAAAAUUCAAUGAGAAACAGUUCUGGGCUUUACAGAGCUUAUUGCUACUGGGUAAUACAAUACAAAGCAACAGGCAGCUAGGAGACAGAGCAGGUAGAACACUAGUUAGGAAGACCCGAGUUAGAAUCCUGCCUCAAGUACUUACUUAGUAGUUGUACGAUCCUGCUUAUCAUUUAAACUCUGCCCGAGUUUCCUUGUCUGCAAAAUGGGUAUGAUAAUAGCUCCUACUCCACAGAAUAAUUGGGAAGAUCAAUUGAGAUUACCCAAGGAAAGCACUUUGUUAAUCUUAAAUUAAGCCCUCUAUAAAUGCUAACGAACUCAUUGUUAUAAGUAGAGAGAGGGACUAGACUCCUGUGAGUCACUGUUAUUGGGAACCUCCUAGGUUGUCAACUGUCUCUACCAAUCACCUCUCAAGAUAAGGAAUUGCCGAGAAAUUCCAUUUAAAGUAACUACUGAUUGUAUAAAAUAUUUAGAAAUCUAUCUGCCCAGGAAAAACCAGAAACUUUAUGAGCAAAACUACAAAACACUUUCCACACAAAUUAAGUCUGAUCUAACCAACUGGAAAAAUAUUAAAUGCUCUUGGAUAGGGCAAGCAAAUAUAAUAAAGAUGACAAUACUACCUAAACUAAUCUAUUUGUUUAGCACUAUACCACUCAGACUCCGAAAAAACUAUUUUAAUGACCUAGAAAAAAUAACAACAAAGUUCAUAUGGAAAAACAAAAGGUCAAGAAUUUCAAGGGAAUUAAUGGAAAAAAAAUCAUAUGAAGGUGGCCUAGCUGUACCAGAUCUAAAAUUAUAUUAUAAAGCAGCAGUCACCAAAACUAUUUGGUAUUGACUAAGAAAUAGAAUAGUUCAUUGGAAUAGGUUAGGUUCAAAGAACAAAACAGCCAAUAACUUUAAUAAUCUAGUGUUUGACAAACCCAAAGACCCCAGUUUUUGGGAUAAGAACUUACUAGUUGACAAAAAUUGCUGGGAAAAUUGGAAAUUAGUAUGGCAGAAACUAGGCAUUGACCCACACUUAACACCGUACACCAAGAUAAGGUCAAAAUGGGUUCAUGACUAGGCAUAAAGAAUGAGAUUAUAAAUAAAUUGGAAGAGCAUAGGAUAGUUUACCUCUCAGACCUGUGGAAGAGGGAGGAAUUUAUGACUAAAGAAGAACUAGAGACCAUUAUUGGUCACAAAAUAGAAAAAUUUGAUUAUAUCAAGUUGAAAAGUUUUUCUACAAACAAAACUAAUGCAGACAAGAUUAGAAGGGAAGCAAUAAACUGGGAAAACAUUUUUACAAUCAAGCCUCAUUUCCAAAAUAUAGAGAGAAUUGACUCUAAUUUAUAAGAAAUCAAGCCAUUCGCCAAUUGAUAAAUGGUCAAAGGAUACAAACAAACAAUUCUCAAAGAAAUUGAAACUAUUUCUAGCCAUAUGAAAAGAUGCUCCACGUCAUUAUUAAUCAGAGAAAUGAAAAUUAAAACAACUCUGAGAUACCACUACACACCUGUCAGAUUGACUAGAAUGACAGGGAAAGAUAAUGCUGAAUGUUGGAGGGGACGUGGGAAAACUGGGACACUGAUGCAUUGUUGGUGAAGUUGUGAACACAUCCAGCCAUUCUGGAGAGCAAUUUGAAACUAUGCUCAAAAAGCUAUCAAACUGCAUACCCUUUGAUCCAGCAGUGUCUCUACUGGGCUUAUAACCCAAAGAAAUCCUAAAGAAGGGAAAUGUGCAAGAAUGUUUGUGGCAGGUCUCUUUGUAGUGGCUAGAAACUGGAAACUGAGUGGAUGCCCAUCAAUUGGAGAAUGGCUGAAUAAAUUAUGGUAUAUGAAUAUUAUGGAAUAUUAUUGUUCUAUAAGAAAUGAUCAGCAGGAUGAUUUCAGAAAGGCCUGGAGAGACUUACAUGAACUGAUGCUGAGUGAAAUGAGCAGGACUAGGAGAUCAUUAUAUACUUCAACAACAAUACUAUAUGAUGAUUAAUUCUGAUGGACCUGGCCAUCUUCAGCAAUGAGAUGAACCAAAUCAGUUCCAAUAGAGCAGUAAUGAAUUGAACCAGCUACACCCAGCGAAAGAACUUUGAGAGAUGACUAUGAACCAUUACAUAGAAUUCCCAAUUCCUAUAUUUUUGUCCGCCUGCAUUUUUUAUUUCCUUCACAGGCUAAUUGUACACUAUUUCAAAGUCCAAUUCUUUUUGUACAGCAAAAUAACUGUUUGGACAUGUAUACUUAUAUUGUAUUUAAUUUAUACUUUAACAUUUAACAUGUAUUGGUCCACCUGCCAUCUGGGGGAGGAGGUGGGGCAACUGUCAGUGCUGUAAAAUUACCCAUGCAUAUAACUUGUAAAUAAAAAGCUAUAUAAAAAAAGAGAAA